AUAUCAAAUUGACAACAAAAGAAACAUCAAAGCGGCCGACCGCUUGUCUGCCUGACCGACGACGACCAAACCUAACAACAAUUUGUGCAAAAUUUAACGAAGUUACAAUUUAGCAAGCAAUACUAUCCGGUACAAUUAAAGUUAAAAGUGAACUGUGUUUGACAACACACGCCAAACAAAGAACAGCCGAAUAAACGCGGCCAAGCGUGAGACUGUGCGAAAGACCAAAGUGGGAGAGAGAGAGAGAGCGCGACAGCAGGGAGCAGAACAAUUUUGCAGUGUUUUCGCGACGUAAAAGUAAUCAAAUUUUUUUUGCUUAAAGCCUUCCGAGAAACUAAGACAAGGAACUAAAAAAAAGACUGUAAGCAGCGUCAUGUCUUCAACUCCAGCAACGGCAUCUGGUGCCGGCAGCAGUGCCACCAGUUCCAGCGUUGCAGCCACAUCCAGCGCCAGCUCCUCCAGCAGCAAUGCCUCCAACAAUCAAUCCACAGCAUCCGGGACCCCAGCACGUGGACGUGGAGGUGCCAAUACGAAUGGCGGCACUACAGCCGGCAAUGCUGCCUCCGGCAGUAACAAUUCAACGGCGACGGCAACAAGUGAUGAGCCGCGUAAGGAUACGAAGUCAACGCCUAGAAUAUCCAAAGCACUGGGCACCUCGGCCAAGCGCAUACAGAAGGAGUUGGCCGAAAUCACAUUGGAUCCGCCGCCCAACUGCAGUGCCGGUCCCAAGGGGGACAAUCUCUAUGAAUGGGUGUCCACCAUAUUGGGGCCACCUGGAUCAGUGUAUGAGGGUGGCGUCUUCUUUCUGGACAUACACUUCUCGCCUGAGUAUCCAUUUAAACCGCCCAAAGUCACAUUUCGCACACGCAUCUAUCACUGCAAUAUCAAUAGCCAGGGUGUCAUUUGUCUGGACAUAUUGAAGGACAAUUGGUCGCCAGCGCUGACCAUAUCAAAAGUUUUACUCUCGAUUUGUUCCCUGCUCACAGAUUGUAAUCCUGCUGAUCCUUUGGUCGGCAGCAUUGCUACGCAAUAUUUGCAGAAUCGUGAGGAGCACGAUAGAAUUGCGCGUCUUUGGACAAAACGGUACGCAACAUGAUGCGCAAGUCUCAGCAUUACACACGUACCACAAGCUGCAACAAGAAACGAAAUUUCGCAAAUUAUAAAUAUAUAUAUUAAAGUACGCUAACUAUUAACUAACAACAAACAACACACACACACACACAAGUAACAAAAGCAACAGUCAACAAAAACCAGAACCGUAAAACCAUAUUGAAAUAAUAAUCUAUUUGUAUUUCUCAUUACACACAACAACGCAAACACAUACUCGACAUUUUGUAUAAUUUAUUGUUCAAGCGAAGAAAGUGUAAAAACAAUUUGUAAGCUGUGUUCAAAAAUGCAUUCUGUUUUCGAGACAAGCAAAUACAAUACCAACACACACAAACAACAAGUCCCACAGGAAAUAAUAAACAUUAAUCAGCGCAUCAUUAAACUGCACAUUGGCAUAUGAACUAAUCAACUACAUAAAUAAAUAAUUAUAAAUACAAUUAGUUUACAUUACGAGUAUAUCUGUACAGUGUUAAGUCAAUAUGGAGCUAAACGAUUAACAACAGCAAUCAAAGCCUAUUUUAGUAAAUAUGCUUAUUAAAACAACAAGAAAUCGUCAAGGCAUCAUCAUUAUUCAAUUAAUUCAACUGG